AUGAUGAUAUUUUAAAACCAUUUAUACAACUAAUCUUCUCUAUAUCUUCACAAUACAUAUCCUUGUAUACUAUUUUACAUAACUCCUAAAAUUUCACAUACAAAAAUCUCUAUCUUUCCAAUCAAAAAUGGCUAAUGAAACGGUAGUGCGUUUUGGUAUUCUUGGAUGUGCUCAAAUUUCCAUCAAGCUUUGCAAAUCCAUAAGCAAAGCACUAAACGCGACGCUCGUAGCCAUCAGCAGCCGUUCGCUCGAGAAAGCGAAGGUUUUUGCGGCAGAGCAAGGGUUACCAGACACAGUUAGGGUUUAUGGUAGCUAUGAAGCUGUUGUGGAAGACGAGAAUGUGGACGCCGUUUACAUCCCUCUUCCACCGGCCUUGCACGUGACAUGGGCGGUCAAGGCCGUUGAAAGGGGGAAACAUGUGUUGUUGGAGAAGCCGGUCGCGAUGAAUGUCGCCGAGCUUGACCAGAUUCUUGAAGCUUGUGAGGCUAAUGGAGUGCAAUUUAUGGAUGGCACCAUGUGGUUGCAUCAUCCUCGAACUACAAAAAUGAAAGAAGCUUUGUGUGAUGAGCAACGUUUUGGUCAACUCAAAUUGAUACAUAGUUGCAUGACAUACAAUCCUGGUCCAGAGUUUCUCAAAAACAGCAUUCGAAUGAAACCAGAUUUAGAUGGUCUUGGUGCUCUUGGUGACAUAGGUUGGUACAGCAUUCAAUCCAUUUUAUGGGCAGUUAACUAUGAGCUUCCAAAAUCAGUUCUUGCAUUUCCAAAAUCAACAUUCAAUGAAGAAGGUGUAAUCAUAUCAUGUGGUUCAUCAUUACAUUGGGAAGAUGGAAAAUGUGCUACAUUUCAUUGCUCUUUUUUAACCUAUGUUACAUUUGAUGUCACAAUUUUGGGCACGAAAGGUUCGCUUCGUCUUCACGAUUUGACACUUCCAUUUGAAGAGAGUUUCGGAUAUGGAACAUUUUCAGAGUCAUCGGAGAUCGAUUAUGGAAAUAUCGAAUCGGGGAGGUGGUGUCCGAAGCCGAAUGAACAUGUUGUUGAGACAGAGUUUUGUCAAGAUGUUUGGAUGGUUAAGGAGUUUGUUGAUUUGGUUGGAAAGGUUAAGAGUUUGAAAAUGAAACCUGACAAGAAGUGGGGUGUAAAAAGUAAAAAAGUUCAAAUUGUGUUGGAUGCUGUUAAGGAGUCUAUUCAAAGAGGUUACCAAUCUGUUGAAAUCAUGAUGAAUUAGAUUGAAUGAAGUUGAAGAUUAAUUUAAAUUGUGGUUGGGUUUGUGAAUUUGUGACUUUGCAAUUACAUUAGGAUUUUUGGAUUGGAUUGUGAAAAAUGAGGAACAAAUGAAUUUUAUAAAGUUGCAAUUAUAGUUGUUGUGUAUUUGUGAUGUGAAUAACACUAAAAGUGUGUUUUGAUGAAGUAAUUAAAUUUUUUAAAGAA